AUUUCAGUUCACAUGGCUCGACUAGAAUCCCAAGUACAGAAAUCCUGUGACUGCUGCAAGACAUAUGUGGGCCAUUUGGAGGGAAAGAUGAAGUGUUUCCAGAGGCACAUGACUGCUGAUUUUAGACAUGGCAUGAUCAUACCAAACAAGUUCAUGGAUCAUUUUGGAGGAAAGAUCUCAAGAACCAUUGAACUAGAAUCCCCUGAUGGUAAUACAUACGUUGUUGAAGUUUCCAAGAAUUUGAGCAAGAAAAGCCCGUGUCAUGGAUGGGAGGCAUUUCUAGAUGCACAUCACAUAGAAGAGAAUGAUUCCUUGUUGUUUCGUCACAUCAAGAACUCACGUUUUGAGGUUCUGGUCCUCGAUUCUGAUGACUGCGAAAAAGUGUUUUCCUGUGUUGGCAUCAAAGUUACCUGUAAUGUUCAAGAAAGAAGUUCGGAUUAUGAUGAUAUUUCAAAUAGCUCCUAUGCUGAUACCACAAAAUCAUCAGGAAGUAAAGAAUUUGCUAGUUGUGAAAGGGUUCACUCAAGCCAUCCUAGAAAAACUGCCAAGACACCUGCAAAAUACUCCUCAUCUGAGGAUUCAGGAGAAGACACUGAAGACAUUUGUUCUGAAUACGAAUCAUCUUUUCAGCUAGAUGAUCUUCAGACACCCUUAGGGUGUGAUUAUGUCUUAUGUCAUAGAAGUGCUCAGCCUGGAGUACAUGAGGAGAAAGUAACUAGGCUUCUCCAGGAUAAGGAUAUUCGAGCUGAAGCUCCUCUAUUAGUGGCUAUCAUUAGACAGAGCAACCUCAAGUCCCGAAGUUCUGGUCUUGUAAUUCCUAAGGGCUAUGCAGCCGAACACUUGCCACAUAAAAGUCAAACUGUCAUACUGCAGCGCCCAGGCAAGAACAAGAAGUGGUAUCACAGAUUUCACAUUCGGAAAGAUGGAUGUGCAUUCCUUCGUUUGUUAGGCUUUCUCCGGGACAACCAAGUGCAGGAGGGAGAUAUCUGUGUCUUUGAACCAAUGAAGGGCACUGGGAAAAAAUUCUCUCUCAAGGUCCAUCUACUUCGUGAAUCAAUACAUGGUGGAAGUGGAACUGGACCUAAAAGAGUAAGCUCACCUCAUGGUAAAUCAAGGGUAAGUUCGGCUACCCAUAUAAGAAUAAGCACAACUCAUGGCAGAACAAGGGCAAAUGCAACUCCAAAAACCCGUGUGAAGGAGGAACUAGAUCAUGGAAGAAGUCAUCCAUAUUCGGGUAGCAACCAUGGUCAUAGAGCACAUAAACAACCUCUCGAGUCUGAUGAAUAUGAAGAACCUGUGGAGCGUCCCUACAUGUUAUCAGACAUUGCAUGUCUGACUUGGGAGCAGGAGAAGAAAGUUAAGCGGCGAGUUGACGCCAUUCAGUCUGAAGUUCCCAUUUAUGUGUCAAUAAUGAACAACAGCUCUGUUGGUGCCAACAGGCUCUACCAUCUAACCAUUCCCAAGAAGUAUGCUGCUAAGUAUCUUCCAGCCGGAGGGCACACUCUGAGACUCCUGAGGCCAGAGAGGAGCAAGACAUGGGAUGUCGAGAUGCACCCAAGGGUUGGCGGCGCGAAAAUGCUCAGGGGAGGUUGGCAUGAGUUUGCCAAUGAGAACCGUCUGCAAGUCCAGGAUCUCUGCCUGUUCCAGCUGAUGAAGAACGAGAGGAGACUUACCAUGAUGGUCUACAUCAUUCGUCACAAUGAUAAGCGUUAGUUUCUAGUUUCCAGCACAGGAGAGUGAUCUGGUGUCUGUUCUGUUGGUAUUUCACUAUUUUGUGUGUGCCUUUAGUGGUUUUUAAAUCUGAAAACUGUUUGGAGUUUAUGGCUACUAUCCAAAAUAAGGGAGAAACCUAUGUUUAUGAUGGCUAACUAGCUCUCUCACAUACUAUUAAUCAAGGGAGAAUCCUAGGAUUUUAUAACGGCUAAUAAUUAGCUCUCUGAUGCACAACAUCCAGCACCUUGUAGUAAUUUCAGUAAGUUAGCUACUGGUGGCUGCUGGGUAUUGCAAUUUCCUAAUUGGAGCCA